CAUUUCUCAGGAAGAGUGCAGAUAUUUGAAUCAUGGCAGCACCGUCCGCUGAAAACCUUGGUAACCGGGAAGACGUGGAGAUUGCUUGGGCCAUGAAAGCUUAUCACCAUGCAGAAACAUACUUCAAUUUGGUAUCAUCCGUGGACUCUACAGUGCUAAAGCUCACCAAGCACGAUGAUGAAAUAUUUCAACACUUCAAACACGACUUCCCUGAUAUGAAGAUAGACAUCAUCGAUCCCGAGGAUCUUAAAAGUGACAAGUCAAAAGCGAAAUGGAGAGUAUUUUGUAAUCAUUUCGACGGGACUGUAGAUAAUUUCAACUAUGGAACACUCCUGAGACUGAACGUGAGUGAAGACUACUCAGAAAGCAACUCAAUAUUUGUGACCAGAAUUCAGUUCUAUGCUUUCGAGAUCGCUCGGAAUCGAGCGGGACUCAAUCUGGCAGUGAGGAAAGGCUCCCCAAAGGAAGAGAAGGAGACUCCCGCCCAACCUGACAACAAUGCCCAAUCCGACAACGCCAAAGCAAGCGAAGUUGCUUCAUAGCAUACGGCCCCUUCUCCACAAUAACUGUGCCAUUAACUUAUCAUCAACAUUUAUCAUCCAAAUUUCAAUGGACUGCAAUUCAAGUUGGAAGUUGGGGCUUGUGUUCAACACCAAAAAUGUGUAGCUUUAUUUUUUUUUCUUUUUACAUUAUCAGUGUUACGCUAUGAACAGGUGUUACAUGUAUGAUACAACCGCAGUGUUUUAUAUAUUUAUGGAUUUCAUCAUGUUAUGAGAUUAUUGAUUGAUUUUUAUAAGGAAAGUUGUAUUUUUUAGAGGUGAAGUAACUCCAAGGGGGGGGGGGCAUUUUUGUUCAAAAAUUUGUUGACAAUAAGGGUCCUCAAUCCAAUAUUAAGGUGAUGCGAUUUAUGUGAGUUAUGUCAUGACAAAUUUGACAAAUGCUAUCACUUGCAAAUAUGCACAACAUUUAAAAAAAUGUUUCUCAAGGGGGGGGGGGGCACGGGCCUUUACCUGGUGGGUGUUUCAUAAAGCUGUUCGUAAGUUAAUAGCGACUUUAAGAAUGACUGGUGAUCCUUUCUUACGCGCAAAACCCUCGCCAAUGAACGUUUUUGUGUCUACCAUUUACCACAAGAAAGGAUCACCAGUCGUUCUUAUAGUCGCUCUGAACUUACGAACAGCUUUAUGAAACGGCCCCCUGGAUUUGCAACCGAGUACAUACAAUUUAAAAAAAAAUCUAAAAUGUAUGUGGAAAUAAACUGCUUCCAAUUUUUUGGAUUAAUCAAUUUUCUGAUGAUUUCCAAGAGUCAAUAAAAAAAGAAGAAAUGUAUAAAAGUUCCAGGGGCAUCUGGCUUGUAUGCGACACAAAUGAUUGGUAGUGGUGCGCAGUUACAAAUACCACAAAUACCAACGUUGGCGUUCUUUUGUAUACAAAGUAGUGCAUGGUUCAAUGUAGAUUUGGUGUCAACAGCUGCCUUGAAAUAGUAUACCCGCAAAUUCGUUUCCACCGCUUUUGCCCCAUACUUCCAGAGUAGAGCACAGUGUAUGGCCUGGGGUCCAUUGCAGAAAGAGUUGCAUUUAAACACAAGUCCAAAAAUCAAUCUCAAGUACCAAAUGCGCGCUGUUGAUUGGUAGAAAAUCAAGUUGCGAAUGAUUUUUAGAGUUGCAAUUGAUUGCAACUCUUUCUGCAACGGACCCCAGGUGGGUGUUUCAUAAAGCUGUUCGUAAAUUAUGAGCAACUUUACGAACGACUUAACAAAUGGCUGGUGACCUUUUCUUGUGACAAAUCAAUUGCACCAAAUUUUCAUUGGUGUUGAUUUAGCCUGUAAGAAAGGGUCCCCAGUAUCGAUAUCAGUAUUUCGUAAAGUCGCUCAUAACUUACGAAAAGAUUUUGAAACAGCUACUUGGACCAUGGUUGGCAUGACAAAGCUUGUACAUAGCCAAGAAAAUGGAAGAUGCAGAAUGCAUGAUUAUGUCAAACUGUUAUAUAUGUACACUACACUGUGUAUCAUGCAAAAUAUUUGCUUUGUAUGGAGUAUGACUGUCUGUAUUCGACGAUGUGCUAUGUAUUUUAAAGAGGAGGCUCUCUAAUACUUGGCUGUAUUAAUACCUCAGUCAUAUUUCCUCUAUGGCCGCUGUACGGCGAGUCGAAAACAGCAAUUUUAACAUAUUUUUGUACCAGCUACAUAUUGGUGGUUUGAAUAAAAUUAGAUAAAACAGCUGUUUUCGACUCGCCGUACGGCGGCCGGAGAGUAAAUGUGACCGAGGUAUUAAGCAUGGAGAGGAUAAACUGCUUUGGUACUAAUACUUGGUCAUAUGCAACUGUUAAAUGAGAGAUGCCAUUUAUCUACAAAUAGCACUAGACCACAAAACAUUGGAGAAACGAUACAAAACUGUGAUGAUAUAAAAAUUUCCAUACUGUUUCAACUUAGUUUAUCUCUAAGAUUUUAGCUCAAGUAUUGGAAUUAUUUAUGUGUAUCUGCACAUGUAAUCUUAUUUUUGAUCAAUAAAAGUUUAUACCGAGUAUGUAUUUGAUUUUUACAUGUAUGAUUACACCAGUACAGUACGCCAUUUCUUUCCGAAGGUGGAAGAGACAUUUGAAAUAUGAUUUAUUAUUUGCAUUUUCAGAAUCCAUUGUACAGUAUAACACAUUUUUAUUGUAUACCAAGUUAUCUUGUGUCAAGAAAGGCUGUUCACCUGGACAAGAUGGGUGAUUUCAAGAAUUGUGCAAACAAUAUUUCAUAAAGUAUCAUAUUGUCGGACAAUAUCACUAAGAUUUCACAAUUAUAUGUGCAUCCAAUAUUUGAUAAGAGGGCUAUAUCAGCAUUGUCCAAAGUAGAAAAAUCUACCUCUGAUAAAAUGAUGAGUAUCUUCUCCUAGUGAAAAUUAGUCUGCAGGCACAGACCCUGAUUGAAACUUUGAUCAACAAGUGGGGUCUUUACACAAGACUACAGUAGCAUAUUUAAAACUUGCUGUUUCAAUUUCAGAGCGAGAGGGCUUUCAGUACUCAUGUCAUUGUACAUGUAGGCUGUUUAUUCAGACCCCCUAAACUCAAGUGAAGGAUUUGCACAAAAAAAAACCCAACAGAAAUUAUUAGAUAAAAUGUUAUUAGUCAUUUGAAAAAAUACAACAAAUAACCGUUUGCUGUACCAAAAGCAUUACCUUGGUAUAGAAAUAUGCGAUCGAGAUAUGAUUUUUUGUUAUCAUAAAUACGUCAAUAUGCUAAUGACCACUUUAUAGUCUUUAAAGCUGGUGCGAUUUCUGCUUAUUUGCAGUUAUGAUUACAGUAGCUGGAAAAGGAGAUUUUGAUUUCGAAUCCCAAGCCCGCUUGCAAAGAUUAGCAAUUAAUCGCUAAUAUGGAAGAGCAAUCACAAUCACGAUUGGUUCUUAGUGAGUCUACUGAGCAAAAUGCGCAUGCAACGAUGAUCUUGGCCAUUUCAUUUAGUGAUUAAUUGCUAACCUUUGUGUUACGGGGGCCUGGACAAAGUUACUAACUGCCUGAAAUAAAGCUUGUGAAGACAAAUACAUGUAUAGAGGAGAUUUUUAAAAUUUCUCAGUGUGUCCAUAUCAAACGGCCCACCUUACACUGUACAUGAAGAUCAGGGGCCCGUCUUACAAAGAGUUGCGAUUGAUCCGAUUAAUCGCAACUAUGGAAAGCCAGCAAAGUCAACAUAUAAAAUGCAUGUUAGUUCGAAAGAUUUUCUAGAUAUGAAUGUAUAUCCAUGAAUUUAUUGAUUUCUUGACAAUUUGGUGUGUUCUCCUUUGUUUACAAAGGACAUUUUGCAAAUUUCUUGUAGAAAAAAUUAUGGCACUGAUGGAUUUCCAUAGAGUUACAAUUGAUUGGAUCAAUUGUAACUCUUUGUAAGACAGGGCCCUGGGCCCCUGUCUUGCAAAGAGUUGCGAUUGAUCCGAUCAAUCACAACUAUGGAAAGCCAGCAACGUCAACAUAUAAAAUGCAUGUUUGUUCAAAAGAAAUUCUAGAUAUGAAUGUCUAUCCAUAAAUUCAUUGAUUGCUUGACAAUUUGGUGUGAUCUCCUUUCUUUACAAAGGACAUUUUGCAAAUUUCCUGUUAAAAUAAUUAUGACACUGAUGGAUUUCCAUAGUCUUUGUAAGACGGGCCCUGAGUUUGUAUGAUCUUCUUUUGCAUCAUCUUAAACCGGUUUAAACUGGUUUGAGAGACAAUUACAUGAAGGUCACUUGUCAUUGCUACUUUAAUUAGUUUCAUAUUGUAAAUUACACACAAAAUACUUUGUAGUAAUGUACACUUUCCAGGCUGUAACAUACAAGCUUUGUCAUUUGGAAAUUGCAAUCUACAUGUAAUCUACUCUAUAUCACCAUGAUAGUAAUUUCACCAGGCUUGAAUUUGUAUACAAGAAGGAUUGUGAAAUUAACAAGAAUCUGGAAGACUGUUAAUUAGGGUUCAGGAACCUUGUGGUUGGUGUUGCCAAGGCCAGUUAAAAAAAUCUGCAGGAUUAUGAAACUCCCACAAAUUUGGGGUAUUGAUAUUUCAUAUUUUACUGAGUGUGCUCACAUUUUUGGCUAAAUAUUGUGCAUGGUAGCUCAUUCUGCUAGGAUGUAUGUCGGGCAAUCCAUCAUGGUAUUUCAUGGACAUCAGUGUAAAUGAAAGAUAUGUUUGUUUUUUAUUAAGGAAAAGUCAAGUUUGUCACUUGCUUGGUAUCGCUCCAGCGCAGGGUAGAAUAACAGAAAUUCAAAUUACAGGUAACUUUGCCAGAGAAAAUCAGUUGGGACAACAGAUUUGUUCGACUAGGGAAAAAUUCGACUAAGAUGGGGUAUAUAACAUAUCUUGUCCAUAAUCUGUUUUAAAAAUAUUGCUUCGACUUUAAUACAGAGGAUCGACUUGUACAAGUGUACCUGUAGUACUCCUUGUAUCAUUGAUAUGUGCAUGUAAGCGUGCUUUCAGAUGUAACCACUCGUGUUGGAUAGCACCAUCAUUCAACAGUGGCAAUCAGUAAGAUGUCAGUCAGACGUUACUAGCACUCGCAGUGGAUAGCGCUUUCAAUCACCAUUGUGAUCAGUUACAUGUCAUUCAGAUGUUAUCACCACUUACAACUGAUGGCGCUAACUAUCGUAAGUGGCGAUCAGUAACAUGUCAUUCAGAUGUUAUCACCACUUACGACUGAUGGCGCUAACUAUUGCCAGUGGCGAUCAGUAACAUGUUAUCACCACUUAUGACUGAUGGCGCUAACUAUUGCCAGUGGCGAUCAGUAACAUGUCAUCACCACUUAAUCAUCACUUGAAUAAGGUAAGGCAACUUGUCAAGCCUGUGCCGCAUAUUUUAGCAAGAAUCUUGCUAUAAUGGUGCUAUGCGUCUUUUCAUAGCGGCUCUACCUGCAUUCCCGAUAUUUUUUCUAUGAAGAAGCGUGAGAAUUGGUAACGAAAUGCCGCUUGCAGGAUUCCCUUUGACAAGGUGCCUAAUGCAUUUUAUGCCUCUUGGCAGCAUUGUAAUGUAUUAUACAGUUUUCGUACAAUAUAUGACAAUGCAAGUAAUAUCGCACUGUGUAUUACAAAGUAUAAUAGGUGCGAUAACUCGGUUGUAAUCAUUAACCAUAUUCAAAUGUUAUUGCAACUUGUUAUCCAUAGCACAAAUGUCAUAAGUAAUGAAUAACCACUGGAAAUCACUUAUCCUUAGCGAUUGACAUUAAUGUUUGAAAGCAUUAAGAACGAUUAAGAAAGCAUAAUGUUCACUUUGAAUUGUAACCAAUGAUUAAAAGAUUUUUUGUGAAAUGCCUUGAAAUAUAAAGUCAUAGGAAGAUAA